AUGGCGUUGGUAUCCCAGACUUUGAUGGUGCUGUCAAAGGACGAUGAUGUGAACAUGCCGUUGUCGAACGGGUACCAGUUGACACGCGAGAUGCCUCCUUUGUCCACCAUCGGCAACACCCCCAUCGUCCGACUCUCGGCUGCGAGUAACAAGGCUCAAGUCGAGCUGCUCGCAAAGACAGAGUUCUCGAACCCCAGCGGAUCGAUCAAGGACCGUGUGGCACAAAGGAUUCUCGCAGGACUGGAAGCCGCUAAGAAGAUCAAGAGUACCACAACUCUGGUGGUGCCCAGCAGUGGCAACUUGGCAAUCUCAUUGGCACUGUUGUCACCACGCCACGGACAGUACAAGGUCAUUGGAUUGGUCCCUGAGAGGACGAGUGAGGACAGGAUUCAGCUCCUCAAGUCGUUGGGUGUCGAGAUUGUGCGCACCCCGAUUGAGGCCCAUGCUGACGCUGCAGAGUCCCAGUUCUCGAUUGCCAAGAAGAUUGCUACCGACCUUGCUGAUGCCAUUCUUAUCGACGAGUUUGCCGAUGCUGCUAACGUCGAGGUUCACGCACAGGAAACUGCCGAAGAGAUUCUCUUUCAGUGCGAAGGACGUCUGGAUGUGUUGGUGGUUGGCGUCGAGACUGGAGGAACGAUUACAGGAUUGGCCAAGACGUUGAAGUCCAAGAUCCCAGGACUGAAAGUUGUUGGUGUCGAGCCAGAGCACUCGUCGAUCCAGGAUGGCGUCAACAGGAGCAGCGCUUGGAAGGUUGAGGAUAUCGGAGGCAACUUUACGCCCUCGAUCUUGAACAAGACCCUUGUCGAUGCCUGGAUCAAGGUCUCUGAUCAGGAGUCGUAUUCUACUGCGCGUCAAAUCAUUCGGGAGGAGGGCUUGUAUUGUGGCCCUUCUUCGGGAAGCGUUGUUGCUGCUGCGCUGCGCUACUCAGAGUCACUCUCCAAGGAGACAAAGCCCCGCAUCCUGACAAUCUUGAACGACACUGGGCGCAACUACUCCUCAACCUUACUUUCAGACGACUGGCUGCUGGAACACGACCUCAUGGACGAGGCAAUGGCUCAAUCUGUCGCCUACCACCGCCACGAGAAGUACAGAGCUGCCAGUGUGGAGGAGUUACAGUUGCCCGCCGCCGUCACCAUUCCACCUACAGCCACUGUGGGAUAUGCUUUGGAUCUGAUGAUGACCCGUGAGUUCUCGCAGUUGCCAGUUCUGAACCCUACUAACCGCAAGUUGAUGGGUUAUAUCUCAUUGACAGCUUUGACGACGCAUCUGGAGGAGGGCCAGGCGCAGGAGUCGGAUUUGGUUUCAAAGUGGAUGUAUUCUUUCUUGAAGAAGGACAAGUCUGGUGGACCCCGCCCAAAAUACGAGACAAUUACACCAAUGACACCAUUGUCGGAUUUGUCAAAGUUCUUUGAGAAGCACUCGUUUGCGGUUGUGACGGAUGAUGAACGUAGAUGGUGUCUAGGCGUUGCGACAAAGUACGACCUCAUGACUUUCCUGAACCGCCGCCAGACCGGUGGACGAUCAUUCUAA